AAAUUGACACUACUUGUUGGGAUGGUCACAUUCCUAUCCAUGACCCCGUCGCACGCCUUCAUAUGUGAUAAUGCCUUCGACUUGCACGGUCCUACAACCCGUGGGGGUGAAGAGAGAGCCAUGCCCUAUCUUGUAUUCAUCCGGUGUGUCGACAAGGCUAACCCUUCACAGAGCAUCUCUGUCGCUCCAGUUAACUAUCACAUUCACAACGAUGAACAACUUGAUGUGUGGGGUUACGAAGUUUAUAGGGACACUAAUAUAAAGGCCAGUAAACUGGGUGCAUAUUUGUGUCCCAGGAAGAACCCGUGGAGGCCAGAAUGCGACGACGACGCUUGUGUGCCCGCGUAA